AUGGAAAUGAAUCGAAAAGAAAAGUAUAAUUCCGUCAACUAUCUAACGGGACUUGCCCAGUGUAUAAUCCGUAAAAAUACAUUGAUUGAGCUGCAGAAUGAUACCUCGGUGGCGGGAAAAGUUGUCGGUGUUGAUGGGUUUAUGAACGUUACCAUGGAAAAUGUGGUUUACAUCGACCAGCUUGGCCAGCAGUAUUUGUUGGACAAUUUUGUGAUUUACUCCAAGUACAUCCGAUACAUACACAUCCCAAAGGAGAUAAACAUGAAAGCGUCAUUUGAGGAUUAUAUAAAUUCGACCAAAGGAAGGAAAAAACCGGUCGAUAAGAAACUCACGUUUAAGCAAAAGCGCGCCCAACAGGCCCAUUAUUCAACGCUGGUCGAAAACAAGAUGGUGUGA